UUGUGAGAACAACUCAAAGACAACAACGUUUUGUGUUUUUAUUUUUUAAUUUAUUUUGUAAAAAAAAUAAAACAUUAAUUUAAUUGUGUUUUGUGUUAUUUUUGUGUUAAUGUGAUUGUAAAUUUUUUUUGUGUUGCGAAAAUAACAAUUAAUUGGAAAUAUAUAAUUGCAAAUUGUUUAACGUUUGUGAAAUUUAAUUUUACAUUUAUUUAUAGUGAAUUAAUUAGUGAUUGUUUAAUAAAUAUUUUAGUUUUUAAAAAAAUAGACAAUUAACUUUUUUAUGAAUUUUAUAUAGAUAUUUGAUUUUAAUUAUAAUAUAUUGUGUUGAUGUGAUUGAAAAAUUUAUAAAAUAAUUAUUGACUAUGAUAAAAUUGAGGAUUAUUUAUGAUAAAUUAUUGUGUAUUUUAAAUUAUUGAAGAUAACCAUAUUGGAAAUUUGAUACGUGUGACGAAACGCGUGCAGAGUUUAUCUGUCAUUCAAUUGAUAGAAGGUGUUGUAGUUUGUUAAAAUCAUGGUGUCUCGACGAAAAAUACUUUCACGAUCAAGGGAUAAUUUGGCUGAUGCACAAUAUGAGGAACAGGAAGAGGAGGAUGUCUGGUAUAAUUUAGACAAGCUAUACAAGGAUCAUAUACAAGAAGUAUUGGAUAAAUGGAAUCAAAUUGAUGAUGAAAUAUGGGCAAAAGUUAUUGUGUUUGAAAGAAAUAGAAGAGUUGCUAAAGCAUAUGCAAGAGCACCAGUUUUAACAGUGAAUGGUUCAAAUGAUGGUUUUGAUGGAUUCAGAAUAGGACUUUGUGGUUUUGAUAAUCCAAUGAGAGAUCAAAAAACAGAAGAAGCUAAAAGACAUAUUAAUCAAGGUGUUAAAAUAAAAAUGGAUGAUCAAGGAAAUAUAUUAAUAAAAAGACUUUGUAAAAGUAAUGUUUAUAUUAAAACAACUCAUAAUGAAGAUAAUGCUGUUGGUAAUGAAAUAUUAAAAAAUUCACAAGGUUCUUUGGAACAUGAAAAACCAGGUAAAUUAUUUGAUAUGAAUAAAUAUCAAACAAAUUUAUCAAGAGAAACAAGACGUGCAUAUCCAGAUAGAAAAAGAUUGGAAAAACAAUGUUUAAGUGCAACAGUAUUUGUACGUACUGAAGCUGAUUUAUUACAAUGUCCAGUAUGGGUACUUAUUGUUAAUGUUGUUGGUUUAGAUAUGCUUAAAUCAAAAUUACCACCAGUUUUAGCAUUACAAAGACCAGUUGAUAUUAAAAAUCGACCAAGAAUUCCAAUACCUGAUGAGGAUCCAUACAGUAUUGCUGGUGUAUCAUCAUCAUCUGGACCAAGUGAAUUACGUGAAUUAGUAAGACAAGAUAUGAGACAAGAACAAAUAUAUGGACAAUCAACAAGUUAUUAUCAUCGUCGAGGUGAAAAACCACCAAAAUUACCACCAAGAGAAAAUAUAUAUGAUCAUGAUAUUAUUCCAAAGCCUGAUUAUGAUGAUAUUGAUGAUGAUUAUGUAACGAAUAAUGUACGACCAAAAGUAUUAUCAGUUAAUGAUAAAAAAGUUAAUAAAAAAAAUGAUAGUAAAAAAUAUGAUGAUCCAUAUUAUUGUGGUCUUCGUGCACGUGUACCAAAUUUUGUUAAAAUGGCUAAAAAUGGUAAUGGUACCAGUCAAGCAUUAAAAAUACAUCCAUCAUAUGGACAAAUUAAAAAUUCAUAUGGCGGACAUGGUUUAUACAGUAGUCAAUCAUCACAAAUUUAUGGUACACAUACAACACCCAAAAAACAAUCAAUUAUUUAUCAUGCUAAAUCAUUUGAAAGUGGACUUGAUUCUGAUGAUAGAAUAGAUUCACCAUACAAUCAUAUUUAUGGAAGACUACCAAUACCAACAAGAGGCGUUAUACCACCAACAUCACGUGCUAUGUUUAUCGGCGAAUGGGAUUGAUUUUAUUAAUAUUUAUAAUUUAAUUACCGUUAUUUUGUAUGUAUAUCGAUAUAAAGAAAAAAAAAAAACAUUUGUAUUAAAUACUCAUAUUUUUUAUCACAA